AUGAGCCACGCUCCCAACCAGCAGGGCACGCUGGCCGUGGUGCACCCCCCGGCUGCCUCCCACCCGAUCGUGCGUGACCUGCCGCGGGUCACGGAGAUGGGCUACGGCGGCACCUACAACGCGGUGCCGCUGGCCGACACCGCCACUCCGCUCAUGUUCGGCAAGACCGGCGAGCUGCCGGCGGAGCCGGUGGCGUGGGUCAACCGCUACACUCCGAGCUCGCGCGUGUUCUUCUCCUCGCUGGGCAGCGCGGAGCAUUUCGAAGUGCCGACGUUCACCCAGCUCCUGCGCAACGCCAUCGUCUGGUGCCUGGGCGAGGGGGAUGGCGGAGCUGCUCCGGGAGAGAGCGCCGGGGUGUUGCCGCCGCCGCCGCGACGGCCGCCGCACAGCGCCACGGUAUUGUUCACCGGCGCCCCGUUGACCGGCUGGCGGCACUGGGACCCCGGCCGGCAGCCGCCGGGGAUGCGGCUGGACCGGCGCGCCGAGAGCACCGCGGGCGGCCAGCGCUUCGACGCCGGCCGCUGGCCCGCCGCAGGCAACGUACUGACGGCGGUGCCGGGUUACGGCGACAUCUACAGCGAGGCACGGUUCGGCGCGCACCGGCUGCACCUGGAGUUCCAGCUCCCGCAGGAACCGGAGUGGGUGCCGGGGACAGUGCGCGGCACCGGUGGCGUGUUCGUUGCCGGGCGCUAUGAGAUCGAGCUGCGCGGGCCGGCGCCGGAGUCGGCGCCGGAAUAUCGCUGCGGGGCCCUGAACGGUCUCAAGGCGCCGGACGUCGACGCGGUCGGCGCGUCGGGCACCUGGCAGGAACUGGAAGUGGAGUACGACGGCGGCCGCCUCUCGGUCUGGCUCAACGGCAGCCGCAUCCACCAUGACGUGGUAGUGACCGAGCCCACGCCGCGCGGCUUCACCGAGCUGCCGGAAGCGUGGCAGGGCAAGGGCCCGCUGCGGCUGCAGGCCGACGCCUCCCCGAUACGCUUCGCCAACAUCUGGGUUUCCGAGUAG